AACGAAGCAGUCGCGAUCGUGGAGAUGGAAGCGGUGGGGUCUGCCCUGGCAGUAACAGCGGGCAGUGGUGGCAGCAGCGGUGCUAGUCAUGGAGGGACAACAGCUGCAGGGAAUGCUGCUCUGUGGGGGGAGCUGAGUAGAUCACUCCAAUACAACAACUACCCAGGGUUCGGUUCUGCUUGGCAAGGUGGCAGUGGUGACAUGCGGCUGUACGGCUACGGUGGCUACGGAGAAGGUCAGGUCGAUGGCCGCGCCGAGCCCCGAUCGGAGAGUCGUGGAGAGGGUCGGCGGGUACCCAGCAAAGGGGAGACAAAAGCCACACCGCCUUUGCCUCCUGGGAUGACAGCUGGUGUUGGGUCAGCUCUGGCCUCAUUGCAGCAGCUGGUGGCUGGUGGUGGGGAUGCUGCUACUGUGUACCGCAACCUUCUGGCUGCACGCCAGUAUGCUGCCGCUGCUGCUGCUCUUGGGGCACUUCCAACCCCUUCUUCAAUUAACCCAGCUGCCUUACAUGCUGCUGCGCCACUUACUACUCAUCACCAACAGCAACAGCAGCAAAGAAGACAGCAGCAACAGCAUCACCAACAGCAACAGUUACAGCAGCAUCAUCAACAGCAACAGCAGCACCAACAACAGCUUCAUCAACAACAGCAACACCAGCAUCAACACCAGCAGCAGCAGCACCAACAGUUGCAACAGCAACAAGCAGCUGCAUUGGUUACUGCAGCAACUGCUGGGCUCAAUGGUGAGGGUUUAGCAAUGCAUGGUGCUUCUCGCAUGCAGCAGGUCUCUCCACAAGGCAGGAAGCACAGCUCUGCUGUCCCAACAGAGAUGAGACAUGAUGACCCACAGCCUUCACCGGGUAGAACACGAUCUCAUGCUCUGAGUGUCAGUAGUCAGGAAGUCCUGUGCACUCCUGUGAAAGGAAAAGAAGUAAAUGAGGUUGCAGGUGUUGUUGAUGGUAGUGUUGAUGGUGGCAGUGAUGGUCGACGCGGUGCAAAGUGGAAGUGAAAGUGAGGGCGAUCAGCGAACCAGACACCGGCGUAAACAGGAACAGCCCAGACGUCAGAGUGUCAUAUACCCGAUCACGGCACAGUCUGAAGGGGGAGGCGGUGGGGCGGAGACUCCAGUUCAGAUGAUUCUCAGGGGUAUGAUGUCUUAUUGACUAGGAGUACCGUGGACCACAGGGAUUCUCCUCACGAUUCACCCAGCAAUUCUCCAGCUGAUCCUGCCGUGCGGCUGCCACCUUCCAGAGAGGCAUUUCCCAGUCAGGGUAUGAGUCAGGCCAUGAGCCAUGCCCUUGCCCAUCCAUUCUUAGCAGCUCAUCUAAAUGCCAAUCAACUUCUGCAGAUGACUCAAACUCCAACAACAGGUAAGGCAGAUGCCUCCCUCACUCCCAGCCUUUGCAUCAGUUGCAAGUCCGGACAGAUCUCCUUGAGCCGCAUCCCAAGGAACCGGACACCUACCCUACACAGGAGCCCCAAAGACCUCUUUCUCAAUCUCAAAUAACAAUGCAAGAAGUUGAAAUAAAUUGUGUAAGGACUCCUCCUAGUAAUGCUUCAGUAGAAGGCACUAAUGCACCUGUCAAGAAGCGGAGAUGCUCUCCAAGGUACUUGGAAAAUGAUACCACCAGUGUAAGUGAUUCGUUAGGGAACAGCACAAGUGAGUUAGGAAGGAGUGACAGGGGGGAAAAUAGUGUACCAAGUGUAAGUGUUAACUUGUCAGGUGAAAACAGUACUGCACAUACUUUAAGCCCUAGCGUAGAGAGCACUCCUGUGAAUGGUGUUAGUGCAACUAGUGAGGAUGUGGUGAAGAAUGCCAGUAGUAGCAGUAGCAACAGUCAAUCUUUGUUAAGUGUGAAUACAGAAAAUUGUGAUUCUGAAAAUGUCAUACAUAAAAGUUUAGGUAAAAGUGAGCAGGAUUAUUUUAAUGGUGAUCAUGAAAUGUUUGAUUGUUCAAGGAAAAAUAAUAGAAAAAGAAAAUCAGAAAGUGAUUCAGUGACAGAAAUGGAUUAUCAAGUUGUUGAUGGGCAGCUAGAGGAGUGUGGGGAUACUAAGAGAAGGACUAGGCAAAAGAGGGCAAUUUCAUAUGUGGAGGAUGGCACAGAUCCUGUACUGGAAAUGAAUGAGGACUCUUCACCCGAUGCAACUCCAUUGAAAAAGAAAGGUCGUCGAUCAAAAGAUGCAAAGGAUAGGUUGGAUGGGGAGAGCAAUCCUAGCCCAGAGCAGCAGGUUCCAAGUGAACCUCCAAGUUCUCCUUCAACCCACUCCUUAGAUGAUUCACCUGGAAAGUCAUCUCAUAACUCUCCUAUGGGUAUUAGGCGUGGACGAGGAAUCCUUCGUGGAGUUCCUAGAGGUAGCACUGAUGGCAUCGAGUACCCAAGAAUUCUCAAGUGUUACUGAACCACUGCAUGUGGACACAACAUUGAUUCAUGAACCAGAUUUAAGAGUGCCUGGCCCACCACCCAUUACACCCUCCUCAUGUAGCCCAGAUGUUUAUGACUUUAAUGACACUGACAGUGAUGGUGUUGGUCGGGGAAGAAAGCGUGGUAGAAAGAAAGGAAGCAGCCCUAAAAAAAAUGCAAAGUCUCCACUUGAGAUGGCAAAAUCAAGUAUAAGUCCCAGACCAAGAGAACCACAUGCAAAAUCUCCCAGGUCGCCUAAGUUUUUUUCUAGUUCUCGUAGUCCCAUUACAGAGAGGAAUAAGGAAUGGCUUCGAGGCAUCUCCCCGCCUAUCAGAGAUUUGUCAAAAACUCCUGCUGAUAUCCCAGUGCCUGAUGGCACUGCAACACCCAAUCUUUUGCAAGAGAGUGUUGUAGAUAUCAGCAAGACAAUUUCCUUGUCUGAAGAAGUUCUUAUACAAGAUUCUCCAACUGGUGACACUCCUGUUGCAGAUAAUGCAACAAAGCCAGAUACAGAUGUAGUAUCUCCAAGAAGGAGUAGUAGGAGGAAUAAGACUAGAGAUCAGGAAAUUGUAAGUGUUAAGGGUAAUGAAUCCAUGGACUCUAGCCUUCCAUCUUCUCCGUCUGGCAACUCAAAAAAUAACACAUGUUUCUCAGGGCUCAUCUCGGGCAAUGCACAAAACAAGGAAGAUAAGGAAGAAAAGUUUUUUGAUAUGGCAGCUGUGGAGACACAACCAGUUGAUGGAGUAGGUGAUUCUCCAAGUAGUAGAAUGAGAAAAAGAAAUCGGAGAAGUACAGAACAAGCUCCUGACCAGCAGACAGAUAAUAAUGAAACACAAACAGUUCCCACACAAGAAAAUGAUGAACCAAAAACUGCAGUGGAGCCUGUCAAACUUCCAGAAGAGGCCCCAAGCAAGUGUGAAACAGAGUUAGCAACAACCUUAGAUAAAAAUGCAGAAAAAUCAGAAACGGCUUCAGAGGAUGGAGUGAAAUCUUGUAAGGGAACAGAAAUGAAGGAUUCACCUUCAAAAAAUGUGGGAACAAAGGCAAAGGCCAAAGGAGGGGAAGGGAAAAAAGAAUGCUGGCAAAUCCUUUAAGGGCAAAGGUGCUCUAAAGAAGAAUGAUGUCAGUAAAGUAACCAGUGUGCUUCCACAUGAAACCAAACAGUAUCAACAUGUACCUGAAGAUGCAUUUGACAACAGUAAGACUCCUAGUGGAACAACAACCACUGAAGGAGAGCAUUCAUAUAUUAAGGAUAAAGCCCCUGUUCAAGAAUCAGGCACAAGCAUACCUAUAUCUUUAGUCAGUGAUGCUAAGAAAUCUGAUACUACUCCACGUAAAAGUAGGCCUAAACGGGGUGCCGACUUUCAACUGGUACAAAACAACUUCCUAUCUAUUGAUGGGACUUUUAAUGGACCUGAUUUGGCAUCUUGUCACAAUUCCUCAGAAGAAACUACAACUGUGAUAACACAAGCAAUGGAGGAGAUGGAAUCUCGAGGAAGAAGACUGAGAACUAGAAGGGCAAGUGCCAAACAGGAUGCAAAGUCUGAAACCCAAGAUGCAAAAUCUGAGGCUCAGGAUGCAAAAUCUGAGACAGUGGAUGUGAACACUGAAGCCAAAGAUACAAAGUCUGAGGCAUCAGAUGCUAAAUCUGAUGCCUUAGGUGCAGAGACAGAAACACAAGUUGCAAAAUCUGAAGUUAAUGACACAGUUUUGGAGAUGGGGGAAAUAAAAAUAGAGACUCAGAAUACAAAAAUAGAAACUCAGGAUGUACAAUCCAAAACCCAGGAUGUAAUAUCUGAGACCCAGGAAGCAAAAUCACAGACCUCAAGCACAAAUUUAAAUACACAAGAACCAUCAGACAAACCAGAGAUGUCAUGUCCAGAGAACAAUUCUGAUGUAGGCCCAAGUGCUGUAGAGCCAAGUAAAAAGUCUACUGUUACAUUAGAUACUCCAGAGGUAUCAAGUAUGCCAGUUAUUCAUCCAGAAGUCUUGGAGGUCCCUCAGGGCACUGAUGUAGAUGUAGAUGCAGAAACUGUUGAGAAUAUAGCCAAGUUUCUGGAGGAGACUGCUUCAAGCAUUCCUGCAUCUACUGAGGAAAGUUAUGUAGACAAGCGCCCCAAAAGAUCUUCUCGUCCACCAAGGAAGAUGGAUGAAAAUGAGAUGAAUGAUCUUUUGAUACUUCUCAAUAUGGAGGAUGAAGAGAGUGAAGAUGAGGAUUAUGUCCCUAAGGACUUGGAGAAUUUUGACAGUAUGGCUGAAAGUGAUGAUGGGGGAGAUAGUGAGGGUAAUGAUGACGGAGAGUUUGAUGACUUUGAUUCCAGUGAUGAUUGUGAAAGGGAGAGUAGAGGAAGUGGUACCUUAAGUAAUCUCCUGACUAUGGCUAGUGAUAUUGGUGAUAAUGACUUUGUGCCAACAGCCCUGAAACAUGGUAAGGGGGGCCCUACCAAGCAGAAGGGACUCAAAAAAGACAAAGGUAAAAAGAUGAAAGCUGAUGCUUCUAGUGCCAAGAAAGGAAAAGUAAUUAAAGGGAAAAUUAAAAAUAAUAAGUUUAGAAAUGAUGAUGUAGAAGUAAGAAAAGAAAACGAAGAGGGGAGGAAGAAGAGUGAAGUGUAUGAGAAACGUGGGCCAUUUAUUCGAUUAGACGAGAGUAGAUGUAGAGAGGUAAUUGUCAACGCCCCUCAUAGAGAUGAGGAUGAACUAGAAAAACCAAUGAGGAAAACAAAUAUCCAAUUUUACUGCAAAAUUGAAGCUAAGCAGAAGACUGCCAAAGUAGGUUAUAACAGUACACUUCAUAACAAUUAUGAUGCCUUCUCCAAAGAUACCUCCUGGUAUUGCUCACUGUGCAAAAACUUUAGUCAUUCAUGUAAGCUUGGUGACUUGUAUGGCCCUUAUUUCAUCGAAGGUCUGACCCUGUUGAAGAAGCAGUACCCACAAGUGCUGGAGGGACAGGUGGUGGAGUCGUCCUCGCCGUCUGAGUUGGGCAAGCUAAAAACGACCCAGAGACGAGAGUCCACAUCUGACGGCUCACUGGAAAGUAGGAAGGGUCGUCCUGCAGCUAAGGAGGGUGGACCCCAGCAAACACCUGAUCAUCCAAAUUCUAGUAACAGUAGUGUGAAAGAAAUUACAAGUGAAAGUACUCCAACCACCUCUACUACUCCGGCCGUGACAAGACCUCCAGGGACGGAAUGCUGGGUGCACGAAGCUUGUUUACUUUGGGCCCCAGGAGUUCAUGUUAGUAAUAGCAAGCUGUGUGGAUUGGAAGAGGCAGUUAUCCAUGCUCAGGACAGUAUAGGGCGUGGCAGCCCUGUUUCAUGGCCACCUCGAUCACCUGACUUAAAUGCCCUUGACUUGUACUUGUGGGGUCACGUAAAAGGCAAAGUGUAUGCUACAGAGGCCCCGACUCGUGAGGAAUUGUGGCGCCGAGUGCAAGACAGUGCCACAAUCAUUCACAACACCCCUGGAGUCUUCCAACAUUUACAACAGUCAUUUUGUGACAGGCUGAAGCCUGCAUUCAGGAAGAGGGCUGGAACUUUGAACAUUUACUGUAAUAUCCUUAUCAGAUUGCAUAUGCUUGUAAAUAAAUUGUACUUGCAACACUGAAUAUUUCAUUUAUACUCUGUAGAUUUUAUCACAUUGUAACCCCAACUGUCAUGUUAUAACUCCAAAACUGUGGAGCUUUUAACACAAUGGUCAGGAAAUCAUUUAUCCUUAUGUAUGUCAAAGGGAUGCACCCCCAUUAUUAUGAAACAUAUUUCUGAAACACCCUGU